AUGGGGAUUAUCAAGGUACCGCUACUUUGCCAUCUAUUUGCCAAUGUGCCAAGUGGUUAUCGGGGAGAUUCGACACAAGCUGUGCCAGGCUGGCGCUUGGGAAACCGGGACCAGUUCCAAACAAGAAAAGAGUCUUCGAGACGAAGUAAGGGCAUUGGAGUGCGUGACCUCAAGACGGUGAAGGGAGAGCGUGGAACGAGGAACAAAGGGAAGGGUCGAGAUGUCAUGUUUGACCAGAUAGUGUGCGUCAAGAACAUGCGCGCCAUCAUGCACACCAAAAUGGUCAAUGGUAGCGCAGCAUGUCUCUGGAGCAGCGAAGUCCGUCGAAGGACCACAGGCCACGUGAUGACCCUUGGAAUGACCAUCUGGAAAAGUGCAGACGGGAUGGGGAGGAUGCCAGCGUCAAGACGGGAUGCCGAAUGA